GCGCCGGGGGCCGGCUGAACUGCUGUGGCGGCUGCGAGAAACGGAGCGAGCCCGGCGGCCGCGGGCAGGCCCGGAGGCAACGGAGGAAGCCGUCAUGUCGCGCUACACGAGGCCCCCCAACACCUCCCUGUUCGUCAGGAACGUCGCGGACGCCACCAGGCCUGAGGACUUGCGCCGUGAGUUUGGUCGAUAUGGCCCUAUAGUAGACGUUUACAUUCCACUUGACUUCUACACCCGCCGCCCAAGAGGAUUUGCUUAUGUUCAAUAUCCUUUGUUUUACUUCAUAUUUGAAGAUGUUCGCGAUGCUGAAGAUGCUCUUUAUAACCUCAAUAGAAAAUGGGUAUGUGGCCGUCAAAUUGAAAUACAGUUUGCACAAGGUGAUCGAAAAACACCAGGCCAGAUGAAAUCAAAAGAACGUCACCCUUGUUCUCCAAGUGAUCAUAGGAGAUCAAGAAGCCCCAGCCAAAGGAGAACUCGAAGUAGAAGUUCUUCAUGGGGAAGAAAUAGGAGACGGUCUGAUAGCCUUAAAGAGUCUCGACACAGGCGAUUUUCUUAUAGCCAAUCUAAAUCUCGCUCCAAAUCACUACCAAGGCGGUCUACCUCAGCAAGGCAGUCAAGAACUCCAAGAAGGAAUUCUGGUUCUAGAGGACGGUCACGGUCCAAGUCCUUACCAAAAAGGUCCAAGUCAAUUGGAAAAUCACAAUCAAGUUCACCUCAAAAGCAGACUAGCUCAGGAACAAAAUCAAGAUCACAUGGAAGACAUUCUGACUCCAUAGCAAGAUCCCCUUGUAAAUCUCCCAAGGGGUAUACCAAUUCUGAAGUUAAAGCACAAACAGCAAAACACUCUCAUUUUCGAUCACAUUCCAGAUCUCGGAGUUAUCGUCAUAAAAACAGCUGGUGAACAGCCGCAGAAGAGCGCUACAUAGUCUUGAAUGUGUUAUUAAACCUCUCAUUAUGUUAAAUAAAAAUUCUUCAAGGCUUAUAGAAAAUGUGAGUUACUUUGGGCAUGUGCAACAAAUAAAAUCUCUAGUUUUGGGGUAAUAAAGACUUGGUCUCAAUUGAAAGGGCCCAUACCACAAAUUAUGAUGUGUCUGAUAUGUCACCAUUUUAUGGACCGUUUUUUUGUUUACAUUGUGGCAGAAGGAUACUUUUCAAGGGAAAUGGGUAAAAUGGAACUAAUGUGGAAAAUCCUACUUGGAUAUGAAGUAUUAGUAAUAUUAAUGAUACCUUUUACAAAAAUAUUUUUUCCUUUAAAGCACUUUUACUUUCAUGUAAAAAGUAAUUAUAACUGUAUAAUUACAUAGGGCAGACUUAAACUACUUGAUACCUUGAUGACUCUCUUGUAUCUUCUGUUUAAACUUGGGCCAGUUCCUAGUGGAUAUUAGUUCAUAUUACAAAAUUCUGACAUUCCUAAAAGUAGAAUUUAUCUAGAGAUCAAGUGUUCAAAAAAUACAUUCUCUCCUGAGCUUAAAAAAGCUUUUAUUUUUACUGUGUGGAACAGUAUAGAUAAAUUGACAUUAAGUUGCAUCCUGUACCGUGUUCAUUCACUUUCACUGAAAAUAGGAAAAUGUUUUAAAAAAUACUGAGUUUUGAAUGGUUGGAGACUACUUCUCUAAAAAUUCUGUGCAGGACUCAUUAUCCAAAAAUACUCAUAUUAAGCCUUAUACAUUUGAAGAGUGGUACAUUUUGUAUAAAAAGUUUUUUUAACAUUAUUUCUACAUAUCUACUUUUCAUCCACUAUUUAAUUUUUUCUUUUUGGAGUUCCAGCUCAAGACUUUAAAUUGCAUAGAGUAAGUCCUGUUAUUUUUGAAAGUGUUUAGUAUCUUGUAUUAAAGAAUUCAAGACUGCAUCCUCAAUAAGCUUUGUGGUAUUCAGAUUUACUUUACAUGCUCUUCAUUUUUAUAAACCAAAUAACUUUAUUGAUAUUGCUUUUGUAGUUGUUAAAACUGAGAAUUUCUUUAAAAAUGUGUUUGUAGUUUACGUUUUUCAGAGGGUUUUGGUAGUAUUUGUGAUAAAAUGGUUUUGCAUAUGAUUAUUAUAGGGGAUAUAUUUAUAGAGUUCUACUUGUGUACUUUGUUGAAGUAUAUUGAAAAUUAAAAGUUCUCAGCCCAUAUAGUUAAUAUUUGUGACUAGAGUGCUUAAGAAAAAAAUCUGUCUUAUAUUUUUGGCAUAUAGGAGCCAGUGUUGCUUCUAUUUUUUUUUUUUUAAUACUAAUUCCACUUUUCGUUGCAUUUUAGACCCUAUGUAAGAAACAACUUUACAAAAUAAUUUAUAUGCUGGUAAUAUUUGGACAAGUACCAUAAAUUUAUGUAAACUGUACAGUACCUUCUGAAUACACUUUCUUUAAUCAUUAAUAGAAUUAACUUCAAAACUACAACUCUUUGAAGUGUUCAGCUGUAAUAAAAUUUAGUCAUAAAAUUAUGUGGCACUGUUGAAAAUCUAAAGGAUAGUCCAAAGAAAGAACAGACAAAUAGUAAUGUUUUAUAUUUUCUAAAUAAAUGUUUGGGUUUAUCC